AUGUGUGAGCGCAGUCUCUACAGAGCGGGCUAUGUGGGCUCGCUUCUGAAUUUGCAGUCGCCAGACUCUUUCUACUUCUCCAACCUGCGGCCGAAUGGCGGCCAGUUGGCCGCGCUUCCCCCUAUCUCCUACCCGCGCGGCGCGCUGCCCUGGGCCGCCACGCCAGCCUCCUGCGCCCCAGCGCAGCCUGCGGGCGCCACUGCCUUCGGCGGCUUCUCGCAGCCCUACCUAGCUGGCUCCGGGCCUCUCGGCCUGCAGCCCACAACAGCCAAGGACGGACCCGAAGAGCAGGCUAAGUUCUAUGCGCCCGAAGCGGCCUCUGGGCCUGAGGAGCGCGGUCGUACCCGGCCUUCCUUCGCCCCCGAGUCUAGCCUGGCCCCUGCAGUGGCUGCUCUCAAAGCGGCCAAGUAUGACUACGCGGGCGUGGGUCGUGCCACGCCGGGCUCCGCGACCCUGCUCCAGGGGGCUCCCUGCGCCCCCGGCUUCAAGGACGACACCAAGGGCUCGCUCAACUUGAACAUGACAGUGCAGGCGGCGGGCGUUGCCUCCUGCCUGCGACCUUCACUGCCCGACGGCCUGCCGUGGGGGGCGGCCCCGGGGAGGGCCCGCAAGAAGCGGAAACCCUACACGAAGCAGCAGAUUGCGGAGUUGGAGAACGAAUUCCUCGUCAACGAAUUCAUCAACCGGCAGAAACGCAAGGAAUUGUCCAAUAGGCUGAACCUCAGCGAUCAGCAGGUCAAAAUCUGGUUCCAGAACAGGCGUAUGAAGAAGAAGCGCGUGGUGCUGAGGGAGCAGGCGCUGGCGCUCUACUAGCCGUGCGCGUGGCCACGGCCCGGCUGGGUCUGCCCUUUUGGACAGAGGCCUUGUUUGGGGAGGGGAAUCUGGGGCCAAGGCUAAGGCUUUUCCUUCGGUUCCUUCUCUGCUAGUCCCAGAAGCCACCAAGAGAUUUAGAGACCAGGCCAGCUGGGCCUCCUUGCUUUCCUCAGUCCCUGAGAAGCCCGUGAGAAACGUGUGGCAGUACAGUGCACCUCUGGCUGGCCUUAAGGCUUCCACGUGGGGGCACUGAGGCCACCUCUCCUUGCUCCUGGCUGGGGCAUUUUCACCCACCUCUCAUUCUUGCUCCCUGGUACCUGGAUUUUUCUGUUUCCACCCAGUUCGUUCUACCUUUCCCCCUCUCUCCAGCCCCUUCAGCCUAUAGCAGUUGCCUAGUUAGGGCUCAGAGUGGAAGGCCUCCUGAGGGAAUGGAAAGGACGGUGGGUACAAUUAGGUCUCUGCAGCAGAAGCCCUUUGUGGCAAGGCCAGUAUCUUCACUCUGGAGAAAGGAAAGGGCACCAUCUACCCUCCACCCUCCUGUCUGUCCUGGCUGACUUGAGAGGACAAAAGCCACACUAGAUCUUCAGACUUUGGGAGGAAAAGGGAGAGAAGAGGAGGGGCUGGGUAUUGGGGUAAACUUGGAGAUAUCUCGAAAUGAGAAAUGUGAAAUAGGCUGGCCCCUCCAGCUGGGUAGGAUAGAGUGGAACCUUCAUUUCCUGAGAUUGGAUGAGAGAGACUGGGGCUCCAGACAAAGUGCCAUCUCCAGACAAGACUGGCAAAUAUUGCCCUACUCCCACCUUCUCAUACAUGCCUAGGCCAGGCCCAUGAACCCUGUAACUGGAUACCCAGAGCCUACCUCUGGGGAAAGGAGCUGCUGGUCUGCUUGGAAGCUCUGUUGCAC